CCAGACACACGUAUUGCUGCAUCCCUGGGCAGAACCACUUACCAGUGAACAAAACAAGGAUCAGAGAGAGGAAAAGCCAGUUCCUGACUCCAUAUUCCCCCUGGUGGGGUGUGGCUGCCGUGGGGUCAGUGUCUGAGGGGAUCCCUCACAAUGACUCCUUUGGUUCUGCUCUUUUCUAGCCUUGUGUUCAGAGACAGGGUGAGGGGAGGGAGAAGGGAGGUUAAAAUGUCUCUGUGGCCUUAGCCUUCCAGGAGGGGCCAGGUCUACAUUGUACUAAACAGAUUGAGCAUUUCCCAGCAUGGCAGAAUCUAGGAUGUCUGUGUGCAGGGAAAGGGCCUGGGGGAAUUGUGAUGUGAAAUUAACUAAAACCGGUUCUGAAACGCCCACAACUGCCCUUCUCCCCCGGACAGGCUGCAGAAUGACGUCCAUGUUUUGCUCCAGCUCAUCCCAGCCUGCCGUGGGACAAGGAAGAGAAAUGGCUGCAGAGGAGUCAGUCCAGGGGCCAGUGACCUUCGAGGAGGUGGCUGUGUAUUUCACCAGGGAAGAGUGGGCUCUGCUGGACCCCGCUCAGAGAGCCCCUCUCAGGGAUGUCAUGCAGCGAGAACGUGAGAAUGGUGACCUCGCUGGUGUGUUUCUAAUUUUCCAACGUGAUGUGAUCUCCCAGCUGGAACAAGGGGAAGAGCCAUGGGUCCCAGACCUCCAGGGUUCAGAGGAAAGAGAGAUCCUGAGAUCUCCCUGCACAAGUGAAGAAACAUUAAACCAGCUCAGAAUCUGUAAGUGCCUGAAGGAAACAUCUGGGAUGCCCAACAAAGCCCUUGGGGAGGUCUCUCAGUUCAUUAUUGUCCCUAGCAGGGGUCAUAUCCUCAGGGUAAAUAUAGUUCAUGGCUUCCUCUAGAUCCUAGCAGACACCAGGCAGUAGCUUCCUCCCUUCCCUCUGCGUAUUUGGAUGGGAUGUGAAGGCUGAAUUCAUCCCCCUCCUCUCUCCUAUUUGGGGGAAGAGUUUGGCGGGGUUCAGUUCCUGAUUCUUAUUUGA